AUGGAACCGAGAGAUAAAAUAUUAAUCCUAAAAUACUUUCUAAGCAUCUUCAACGGAAUUUUCUUGGUUUUAGGUCUUAUGCUUAUGAUGUUCGGCAUGUGGCUUCUAAUUGACAGAAACAAUUUAUUCACUGUUUUAUCUUUCACAGGUGAAAACCACUUGGUAGCAUACAUUUCUUAUAUGUUGCUUGGCGUUGGAUCCAUCAUUGUUUUUAUUUCAUUCUUGGGAUUCCUAGGAAGCUUUGAAGAAAUCAGAUGGUUACUAAUUCUGUAUCUGGGACUCAUAGUCUUGCUGUUUGGUGUCCAAGUUGCAAUGCCAGUACUAAUAUAUAUAAGAAAAGAAGAGGUCCAGAUUAUGUGGAAUGACAGAAUUGAUGCAGUUAUUUCUAACUAUGGGAACAAAAAUCUGACUGGAAGAGAACAUGAGUGGGAUAUUCUGAAUGCUGUGCAGCAUACUCUGGAAUGCUGUGGAAGACACAAUUCUACAGACUGGAAAAAGAAUGAAAAUAAAGAACACACAAAUCAGGUCCCAUGUUCAUGUACAAAAUCUAAUAGGAAGGAAUGGUUUUGUGAUGCCCCCGCGAAUGAAGUGUACACUAAGGGAUGUGACGAGUAUAUUAAAAUGUGGUUUGAAAACAACACUUUGGUCUUAAUUGCAAUUAAUAUUGCACUGCUAACUGUAGAGGUCCUCCUGUUCACACUAGGUGUAUUGCUGUUCAAAAACAUCAAGAAGAAUAAAAUUUCACUAAAGGAAUAA